AUGCUGGGCUCCGGAGCACCCGGCGCGGUGCUCCCGAGGGUCGUGGUGGCCCAGCCGAGCACGCAAAGGAGCUCAAAGUGCCUGCGGAUUGCUCCCUCGAAGAUGAAUGCAUGUUGUAGCAGUCCACAACCGUCCGCUCAUCGAAUUGAUCUUUGGUGGGACCUACAGUAG